AUGCUCAUGCCCGGAGACUGCCAACGCGCAGCAGAAGAUGCUGCUGCUGCUGCAACCACUUGCUGCAGUUCAGCUGCAGCAGCUGCUCCAGCUGCAGCAGCAGCACCACCAGCAGAAGCAGCAGCAGCAGCAGAAGCAGCAGCAGACGCUGCAGCGGACGCAGGCAGCAACUCUCCGUCUGCUGAGAUAGACGCCAGAGACAGCAGCAGCCGCACUGAACCUGCAGCAGCAGCAGCAACAGCAGCAGCAGACGGAGCAGCAGCAGCAGCAGCAGCAAGUCCUACCCCGAUGGAGCAGGAUGGCCCUCCGUCUCCCUGCAGCCAGCUGCAGCAGGAAGCUGCAGCAGCACCGUCGCCAGCCGCAGCAGGUGCUGCUGCAGCAGAUGCUGCAGCAGCAGCAGAUGCAGCAGCAGACACUGCAGCAGCAGCCCAGCAGCAGCAGCAGCAGCAGCAACUGCAGCAGGAAGCUGCAGCAGCACCGUCGCCAGCAGCAGCAGGUGCUGCUGCAGCAGAUGCUGCAGCAGCAGCAGAUGCAGCAGCAGACACUGCAGCAGCAGCAGGUGCUGCAGCAGAUGCUGCUGCAGCAGCAGAUGGUGAGGCACUCCUGAACGAGGAGAGAGCAGCGGCCCUGCACAGUACGCCGCUGCCGGAUGCAGCAGCAGCAGCAGCAGCAGCAGCAGCAGCAGCAGAGCAGCCUGUUGCUGCUGCUGCUGAUGCUGCUGCUGCUGCUUCUCCACUGUCUUCUCCCGAUGAGAGUUCUGCAGUCCGCAGAAGCAGCAGCAGCAGCAACAGCAGCAACGGCAGCAGCGGCAGCAGCAGCAACGGUGCUGCUUCGCUUGCCUCGCUGCUCUCUCUGCCGCUGCCUGCUGCUGGUGAGGAUUCGUAUUCACAGCAGCAGGAGCAGCAGCAGCAGCAGCAGCAGCAGCAGCAGCAGCAACGGCAGCGGCAGCAGCGGCAGCAGCAGCAGCAGCAGGAGCAGCAGGAGGAGCGGCCGCGUCACGCGCUGGCGCUGCAGCAGCAGCUGCUGCAGCAGCUCAAGCACCACACAGAGACGCUGCGGCUGCUGCAGCAGCAGCAGCACAUUGUGCAUGCACAGGAGGCCCAGAGAGAUGCAGCUGAAGCAGAAGCAGCAGCAGCAGCGGCAGCAACAGCAAAAGCAGCAGCAAAGGGAGCAGCAACCUAUGACGGGCAGCUCAUGAGCCAGCAGCUGAAGAUGCAGCAGAAGCAGCAGCUCCUGUUGCUGCUUCUAUAG